CCUGGUGGUGGUAGUACCCCAAUCCGCAUCCGUCCCGUUCGAACUUCCACGAGAGGUAAGAUAGCUGAGUUGGAAGAACCGUUUCGCCGUCUCCACGCGUUAGCGAAGAACAGAGAACUCUCCCCCGAAGGAAACCCUCAUCGCCUCCGCGAAGAAACCUUCAAUCCUCUUCUCCGAAGACCCUAGCCCUAACCCUAACCCUAACCCUAACCCUAACCCUAACCCUAGAAGCUCCCCUCCGUCGGAUUUCAUAAGGAAGAAGAACUGUGAUCCGUCCUUACCGACCGGUUAGCGAUGGUGUUAGCACAGCUUGGCGGGAGCAUCUCCCGCGCCCUGCAGCAGAUGAGCAAUGCGACGAUCAUCGACGAGAAGGUCCUCAACGAUUGCCUCAACGAGAUCUCGCGGGCCCUUCUCCAGUCCGAUGUCCAGUUCAAGAUGGUUCGCGACAUGCAAGUCAACAUCAAGAAGAUCGUCAACCUUGAUGACCUCGCCGCGGGCCACAACAAGCGCAAAAUCAUCCAACAGGCAAUAUUCAAUGAGCUCUGCAAAAUGUUAGAUCCUGGGAAGCCCUCAUUCACACCGAAGAAAGGGAAAACUAGUGUAGUGAUGUUUGUCGGUCUACAGGGUUCUGGGAAAACCACGACGUGCACAAAGUAUGCAUAUUAUCAUCAGAAAAAGGGAUGGAAACCAGCUCUAGUCUGCGCGGAUACAUUCAGAGCUGGUGCUUUUGAUCAAUUGAAGCAGAAUGCGACUAAAGCUAAGAUUCCUUUUUAUGGAAGCUACAUGGAGUCAGACCCUGUAAAAAUUGCAGCAGAAGGUGUAGAACGGUUUAAGAAGGAAAAUUGUGAUCUGAUAAUUGUAGACACAAGUGGACGCCACAAACAGGAAGCGGCUCUGUUUGAAGAAAUGCGCCAAGUGUCUGAAGCAACGAAACCAGAUCUUGUUAUAUUCGUUAUGGAUAGCAGUAUUGGCCAAGCAGCAUUUGACCAAGCUCAAGCUUUUAAACAAAGUGUCGCGGUUGGUGCUGUGAUUGUUACUAAAAUGGAUGGCCAUGCAAAAGGAGGCGGUGCACUUAGCGCUGUCGCUGCAACGAAGAGUCCAGUUAUAUUCAUUGGUACUGGAGAACACAUGGAUGAGUUUGAGGUUUUCGACGUUAAGCCCUUUGUCAGCCGUCUUUUAGGCAUGGGUGACUGGUCUGGAUUUAUGGACAAAAUUCAUGAAGUUGUGCCUAUGGAUCAACAACCGGAGCUUCUACAAAAACUUUCCGAAGGGAACUUUACUUUACGGAUAAUGUAUGAGCAAUUCCAAAACAUACUCAAAAUGGGUCCUAUUGGCCAGGUUUUCUCUAUGAUUCCUGGCUUUGGUCAAGAAUUGAUGCCAAAGGGUCGUGAGAAGGAAAGUCAAGCAAGGAUCAAGCGUUUCAUGACUAUCAUGGAUUCCAUGACAAAUGAAGAGUUGGACAGCUCGAACCCGAAGCUUAUGAAUGACUCACGGAUUAUGCGGAUAGCCCGAGGUGCAGGUCGUCCCAAGGAAGAGGUGGCAGAGAUGUUGGAGGAGUACAAGCGCCUUGCCAAGAUCUGGAGCAAGAUGAAGGGGCUCAAGAUUCCGAAGAAGGGUGAAAUGAGUGCAUUGUCCCGGAAUAUGAAUGCUCAACACAUGAGCAAAGUCCUUCCUCCACACAUGCUCAAGCAAAUUGGUGGCAUGGGCGGCCUUCAAAACUUGAUGAAGCAAAUGGGCUCGAAAGACAUGAUGGGGAUGUUUGGAGGAGAGAGAUAGUAUUCCAUCUCCCUGCUUGUCUGGGUUAUCAGCAGUCAAGAAAGUGUUAAGUCAUGUGUGGGCAUCAACAGCAUACUGGUCAGUGGUAUGCAAGGAUGCUCAUUAGUUGCAAUGCCACUGUAUUUAUGGUAUAAAAAAUCCUGGCAGUUUAUA